CCCAAAAAAUCUGGAGACCAUGCAGUUUCGAAUUUCACCCACCAUUUUCCCCGAUUCGUUUUCUUCUUCUUCUUGUUUGUUAGAUCUUCUUCAAUGAGUUCUAGAGACAGAGGAUCCGAUUCUUCUUUACCAGCGAUGGAUCAGUAUAACGAAACCGUGAAGAAUCAGAUACAAGCACUUGUUCGUGUUAUCAAAGUUGCUCGUACCUAUAGAGAAGACAAUGUCCCAUCCCAAAUUGAAGAGGGUCUCUAUCUUGGAUCCGUAGCAGCAGCCUGCAACAAGAAUGUAUUGAAGUCUUACAACGUUACACAUAUCUUAACUGUAGCUAGCUCGUUGAGACCAGCUCACCCUGAUGACUUUGUCUACAAGGUUGUUCGAGUUGUGGAUAAGGAAGACACGAAUUUGGAAAUUUACUUCGAUGAGUGUGUUGAUUUCAUCGAUGAAGCCAAGAGACAAGGAGGUAGUGUGCUUGUCCAUUGCUUCGUUGGAAAAUCACGGAGUGUCACUAUAGUUGUUGCUUACCUCAUGAAGAAACACGGAAUGACCUUAACACAAGCAAUGCAACAUGUUAAGAGCAAAAGACCCGUUGCUAGUCCUAAUGCCGGUUUCAUCAGGCAAUUACAAGACCUCGAAAAGUCUUUGCAAGUAAAGGAAGAUUUGAGUGACAAGACUUGUUCCAUUUGAGGAUGAAAAGCAAGUGUUGUGGAGAAAGGAACAAGACAGUUCAUGUAAAUAAACUCUUACAUGCAUCUUCCUCUCUCUCUAUAAAACAGAGAAGCAAGAACCGAUUGCACAAUGUCAAGCCUGAAGAGUUCACCCAAGAUCGUGUCUUUGGGGAAACUUGUAAAUCUCACACGAAGCAUCAUCAUAUCUUUUGUUGAUUCUCCUUGACAAACUCAAACUUGGAAACGACUCUGUAAAGUUUCAAUAUUUCAUCAAUGUCGUUGUAAAUCUGUGAAGCUUUUGUAAA